UUUUAACAUGUGAACCAUUCCACUACAAAGGAAUUCCCAACAAGAUAGAAACCAAGGUCAGUGAUAAGGAAUUAGUUUCAGCCUGUAUCUGAAAGGUUAAAAAGGUAAACAUUAGUGGGGUUGUGACGUGCAGUAUUUACUAAUAACGAACUACCGUUAGUAAUUCAAUUUACGUGUUACAUUUUUCUCGAUUUCCCCUUUAGCAAAUCCGGUUUUUUACGAUCUUGAAAUCAGGUUUGAAGUUAUGUGAUGUGCGUCAGAGUAGUGCUACAAGCUACAAAUAUUCCUGCUAAGUCACAGUAAUCUUAAAAUCUUCUGAUCACGGCUGACUUGAUAUCGUGUCUGUGUCCCAACAUGAUGACUAUGGAGAAACUUAUUGUGCUUGUUGGAACAGUUGCACUAGUGAGUGGAGAGCCACAAGAUUUAUUUUUCCCAGACGAAUCUCCAGAUAGAUUUCCUACAAGUUCAACCCCCACCCUGCCUCCAGUAACCGGGGCUGUUUCCAAUAACCCGGCAGUAACAACAACCACCAUCAGGUCUACCAGGAUCCCACCCAGAGACCCUGGCAACCGCAUCGUCUACCUUGUGUCAUGUGAUUGUAAGUUCACUUACGAGUACAGUCCUGUCUGCGGCACUGAUGGGCAGACUUACGGCAACAUUGGUGUGCUGCGCUGCACUCGACAAUGUGGGAAGAAUGUAGAUCUUUAUCUGGUUGGAGCAUGUGGGUCCAACAACGGCUGAAUUUUUUGAAGAUGUGAAAAUAACAGAUUUUUCAACAUUUGUAUUUAAAUAUUUAUGUUAUUACAUUAAAUUAUUAUUAUAUUAUUUGUGUAUUAAUAAAAAAGUAA